UGCUGUGUGAGCUGCUGCCUGUCCUGACGUGGUGGUGGAGGAGGAAGUUGCCGUGCCAGUGACCAGUGAGGCUCACUAGUGGGACCAUGUUUUAGAGGCUCACCUCCCCCUCCGCUAGCACCUGGAGGUUCGACUUUGACCCUGUACAAUGAACAACGAUGACAAGUUCUACGACGCCGUCACAGGUGGGUGUCCCUGUCUGCACUGGGGGGGGGGGGGGGGGUAAUUUAGCUUGUCUGGUAGGCUCGUGUCACUGGGCAACUCGCAGCUUUGCUUCCCUUUUGUAGUCUGUAAUAGUUUGCAAGCCCUGCCACAUCCGACGAGCGUCGGAGCCAGUGUAGUACGAUUCGAUCUUAGUCCUGUAUUGACACUUUGCCUGUUUGAUGGUUCGUCGGAGGGCAUAGCGGGAUUUCUUUAAAGAUUCUGGGUUAGAGUCCCACUCCUUGAAAGCGGCAGCUCUACCCUUUAGCUCAGUGCGGAUGUUGCAUGUAAUCCAUGGCUUCUGGUUGGGGUAUGUACGUACAGUCACUGUGGGGACGACGUCAUCGAUGCACUUAUUGAUGAAGCCAGUGACUGAUGUGGUGUACUCCUCAAUGCCAUCGGAAGAAUCCUGGAACAUAUUCCAGUCUGUGCUAGCAAAACAGUCAUGUAGCUUAGCAUCUGCUUCAUCUGACUACUUUUUUUAUUGACCGAGUCACUGGUGCUUCCUGCUUUAGUUUUUGCUUGUAAGCAGGAAUCAGGAGGAUAGAAUUAUGGUCAGAUUUUCCAAAUGGAGGGAGAGGGAGAGCUUUGUCUGUGUCUCUGUGUGUGGAGUAAAGGUGGUCUAGAGUAUUUUUCCCUCUGGUUGCACAUUUAACAUGCUGGUAGAAAUUAGGUAAAACUGAUUUAAGUUUCCCUGCAUUAAAGUCCCUGGCCACUAGGAGCGCCGCCUCUGGAUGAGCGUUUUCCUGUUUGCUUAUGGCCGUAUACAGUUCAUUGAGUGAGGUCUUAGUGCUAGCAUCGGUUUGUGGUGGUAAAUAGACAGCUACGAAAAAUAUAGAUGAAAAUUCUCUUGGUAGAUAGUGUGGUCUACAGCUUAUCAUGAGAUACUCUACCUCAGGCGAGCAAAACCUUACAUAUCGUGCACCAGCUGUUGUUUACAAAUAUACAUAGACCGCCACCCCUUGUCUUACCAGAGGCUGCUGUUCUAUCCUGCAGAUACAGUGUAUAACCCGCCAGCUGUAUGUUAUUCAUGUCAUCGUUCAGCCACGACUCGGUGAAACAUAAGAAAUUACAGUUUUGAAUGUCCCGUUGGUAGGAUAUUCGUGCCUGUAGUUCGUCCAUUUUAUUAUCAAGCGAUUGUAAGUUGCCCAAUAGUAUCGAUGGCAAAGGCAGAUUAGCCACUCGACGCCGGCUCCUUACCAAUCACCCCGAUCUCCUUCCGCGAUAUCUCCUUUUCUUUCUAAUGUGAAUGACGGGGAUGAGGGCCCUGUCGGGUGUCUGGGGCAAAUCCCUCUCGUCCAACUCAUAAAAUAAAAAAUCUUUGUCCAGUUCAAGGUGCGUAAUCGCUGUUCUGAUGUCCAGAAGCUCUUUUCGGUCAUAAGAGACGGUAGCAGCAACAUUAUGUACAAAAUAAGUUAAAAACAAUGCGAAAAAACACACAAAAUAGCACAGUCGGUUAAGAGUCCAUAAAACGGCAACCAUCCCCUCCGGCGCCAUUACUCCAGUUUCACACAGUGUCAUCAGGUUAUUGUUUAUGGCUAUCAUAUUUCUUUGGGUGUUCCGGGUUGACCAGGCUAAUUAUUUAUUAGUUAAUUAUUUAUAACACAUUUUAUUAGGGCUCUACACCUUACUCUCUUCCACCCCUACAAUGCUUAGUUCAGAGUCAGACAGUGUAUGUUAUGUCACAAUUUGUAUCACGUCAUAGUGCAUUAGUUCUGUGGCUCCCGCCCAUGUAGAGUCAUUCCUUUCACCUGUAGCCUAGUUGUGAGACUGUCAAAUGUCAGACUGUUUACUUUGUUAUUAUACAGUGCAUUCGGAAGGUAUUCAGACCUUCACUUUUUCCACAUUUGGUUACGUUACAGCUUUAUUCUAAAAUGGAUUAAAUACAAAUGUUUCCUCAUCGAUCUAAAAUGCUGCCACCACCAUGCUUCACUGUAGGGAUGGUGCCAGAUUUCCUUCAGACGUGACGCUUGGCGUUCAGGCUAAAGAGUUAAAUCUUAGUUUCAUCAGACCAGAGAAUCUUGUUUCUCAUGGUCCGAGAGUCCUUUAGGUUCCUUUUGGCAACCUUUAAGCGGGCUGUCAUGUGCCUUUUACUGAGGAGUGGCUUCCAUCUGGCCACUCUACCAUAAAGGCCUGAUUUUUGGAGUGCUGCAGAGAUGGUUGUCCUUCUGGAAGGUUCUCCCAUCUCCACAAAGGAACUCUGGAGCUCUGUCAGAGUGACCAUCGGGUUCUUGGUCACCUAUUUAAAUCUAUUUAAUCCAUUUUAGAAUAAGGCUGUAACGUAACAAAAUGUGGAAUAAAUCAAGGCAUCUGAAUGCUUUCCGAAUGCGCUGUACAUGUUAUUCAAUAAUUUCAUCCAAACUGCUCGCACACAUCAACAAGCUUCUGCGUAGCCAGGCGCUAAAAUAUAACUUGGUUCUAUUUUUGACGCUUGAUGCACUGCAAGUCCCGCCUCUCCCAUCCCUUAUUAGUUUUUAGGAGCAUAAACCCACGUGGGUGAUUGAAAGACGAACUGAGGUCCACACUCCAGUCCAGUUGGUGGUGGUAAUGCACCUUAAAGUUGGUUGCCAACUGCCAUAUAAAGUCAGAAGAAGAAGAAAUUACUAGAAACUAACUAGGUUUCCCCUUUUUAUCUGUGGAUUAAUUGUCGGAGUAGAGAACACACGAUUUUGUGUGACUGAAAAUGGUGUCACUGAAAAUUCAACAAAGAUCCAGAAAAAAAGGACCUUGUGCAUUUCAGGUAAAAUAACAACCCAAUGUUUAUAUCCCAGGACAAAUUAGUUAGUGUCAAAGUUGCGUCAAUUCAAAUCUGGCAUUAGGAACAAAAGAGGUCAACACAACUUCUAAGAUAUACUAGUUAUUUUAAUUAAUGCAAAAACCUUCAAUGGUAAAUAUGAUGUUUCGUCUAUACGGGCUCCCCGAAAUACCUCGCAGGGCAUUCAGAGAACUAAUCCAUUGUUUUAAAUUCUUCCUCAAAUACUCUUACAGAGAGAGUUUCCCACCUCUCUGCUGGCCAAUCAGAGUAGAGACUUAAGCGUGGUUUAGACUUACUCAGCCUAUCCGUUGGCGCACAGGCUAGUCCCCCGCCUCUUAGCGCAUCCCUGUUUCCAGGCAUACGUUUAUCAUAACAACCUGUCAUAAUGAGAAGAGCCAGCUCCCCUAGACACCAUUCCUACGUCCAAGGAAGGUUCACAGAUCACAAAGAACCAGUAUAGUCUAGUAUUUGGAGACACAAAUCCUUAUCUCAUUUUACCCCCUAAAACAGCUCUUCACAUCAAUCACAGCUUGCCAGGUGACACAACCUACAUUAGCCCAGUCAAGCAUGCAUUCUUUCUAAGUUAGUCAUCCCAUCGAUUAUAAAAAUAAUAAAUCCCCCAUAUUAGCAACUAGCUAAAUGGCCAUGAAUGUUUCAUGUGUUUCGACCUGUCCCCAAAUGAAUAUAGUUGGUUCAGAGUUCGUUUUGAUAUUUCAACCUGCGUGUCCUGAUCGCGUCUGGUGUGGAUGGACAAAAUCAACAUGCGCGCGAUGGCGCUUGUGCCCGGUCUAGUCAGCAUGUCACUAUAAGGUGCUUUUUUGAACUCUCCUAGCAAGCACACUCAUAGUUUUUUGUUUGGAACACAGCCCUCCGUCCCUACCGGCAUACAAUUACUGUUGUUUACGCAAUCCAAAAACAUUCCAUUUAUAAAUUGCAAUCUGGGUCAGGUGGGCAUCAUUUGAAAUCUUAUUCGAUUGCCAACAUGGCUAGCGAUGUUAUAAAAUAUGAUCUUACAGUGCACUUCAGACAGAUUGUAAUUUUGGGACGCAUAGAAUGUAGUCGUGUUCCGUGGCAAAUUUUCUUCACGAUACAACAAACGGGCUCAUUCUAUUCAGGACAACCAAGGUUAUAACGCAUGCCAUCCUUGUAACUGGAUAAAACAUAGCGAUCAUAAACGUUUAUACUGUAAAUGACGUGAGUUUUCAAAUAUGGAAAUGUGAAGUGCACAUUUGGGACUUAUGGGUGAGUGGGUUGCUUGUAUAACAUCAAAGCUGUGUUUAUUAUAAUCCUCAAUGUGUCAUCUUUCAGAACACAUCGUCUCCCCUCGAUUUACAGCAUUUCCCUCACUCAGAUUACAAAUUUGCAAAAGUAGCCCAAUUAGCGGGAGGGAUGGGGUCAUCUCGGUCGCGUGCUGUGCUCAAGUUUAGAGCGUCUGUCAGUCAAAACCCAUACAGAACUGUGAAGCAGAGAACCUGAGCUCUGACGUCAUGUAUAGCAUGUUACUGUAUAGCCACUGCGUUCCAAUUUAGGCGUUUAUCAAUGAAAAAAUCUGCAAUUUUCAACCUGUGUACGGGAUGACCAGGAUGUGAGUGGAAAGUCUACCAAACACGUAAUCAGAUGGUUAUCGUCUACAACAGGGGUGUCAAACGUCCGGCCCACGGGCCGGAUCAGGCCCGCAAACGGGUUUAAUCCGGCCCGUGAGAUGAUAAAAAAAAAAUAAUAAUAAUAAUAAUAAUUGUAAAGUAUAAAAAUGCGCUGCAAUUUUUCAAUAAAAUAAACUGCUGUUCCAAUUGCGUCCACUGGAUGGCGCAAUAGCAAUUGUGUUAAGCAAGCAAACUGUUUAUACCGGGGCAGAGCAAGUAGGUCAAGCACGUGCAGCCAAUGAGCUACUUUGUUUUGCCCGCGAUAUUUAUUACGGCUUCUACUUUUAACAUUAUGUGCUUUGGCACCCUUAUUGCCCCAAUAUGUCUCUGUCAAAAAAGAGAAAAGUGGACGCAGAGUGCAGAGUGUUCCAAGAAAAAUGGUCAUCCUAUUUAUUCACGGAAUUGAAUGGGAAAGCUGUAUGUUUGGUGUGUUGCAGUGCUGAAAGAAUAUAACCUUCGUCGCCACUAUGUGAGUCUUCAUGCCGACAAAUAUGACAACUUUCAAGGACAGCGGAGAUGAGAGAAGGUGAAUGAACUGUUGGCGGGUCUGAAGAAACAGCAGUCUGUGUUUACUCAUAGCCGAGACAUCAGUGACGCUGCAGUGAAAGCUAGCUACCUCAUUGCUAAUGAAAUAGCAGUGGCUUCAAAACCAUUUAGUGAGGGUGAAUUUGUAAAAACAUGCAUGAUGAAGGCAGCGGAGAUUGUGUGCCCUGAAAAGCGGCAGGCUUUUGCAAAUAUCAGCCUGACAAGAAACACAGUUGCAGACAGGAUUUCCGAUCUUUCAGUGGAUUUAUUGCGUUUUCGGUUGCAAUUGAUGAAAGCACGGACAUUACAGAUGUUGCACAACUGGCCAUUUUCAUCCGCGGAGUUGAUGACACAUUGACCGUCACCGAGGAGUUCGUGGAGUUGGUGCCGAUGACAGAUACAACGACAGCAGCUGAUAUUUUUACCGCACUCGUCGGCGCGCUGGACAGGGUCGGAGUGGACUGGUCCCGCGCUGUCAGCCUGGCUACAGAUGGUGCGCCCUCAAUGAUCGGGAAAAAAGCAGGCGUUGUGACAAAGUUCAGAGAGAAAGUGCAAUCUGCAAAUGGAGGACGUGGUUUUUUGACUUUUCACUGUAUUUUGCACCAGGAGGCUUUGUGUUGCAAGUCAUUAAAGAUGGAUAACGUCAUGAAGGUGGUCAUCCAAACUGUUAAUUUCAUCCGAUCCAGAAGCCUGAAUCACCGUCAGUUUGACAGCCUUCUCAGAGAGAAAGACCACAUCUAUGGCCUGCCAUACCACACUGAGGUAAGAUGGUUAAGCCGAGGUGCUGUGCUGAGGCGUUUCUUUGAUUUACGAGAAGAAAUUGAACAGUUCAUGAAAGAAAAGGGCAAACCAGUGUUAGAAUUUCAUUCCGCAGAAUGGAUGCAGGACCUUGCAUUUAUGGUGGAUGUUACAGAGCACCUGAAUAACUUGAACAAACAGCUGCAAGGGCGCAACAAAGUUGUCACGCAGUAUUAUGACAGCAUACAUUCUUUCAAGUUGAAGCUGUCAUUGUGGGAGACGCAACUUGCCGGUGGUGAUGCAGCUCACUUCCCCUGUCUGAAAAAUGUGUGCGCGACCCAACAUGUGGCAGACAUGAAGCGGUUCAAAGAUAAAAUAACGGGACUGUUACGGGAGUUUGAGCAACGCUUUCAGAUUUAUGUUUAUAUGUUUUUAUGUUGAUGUGCUAUUGUUUUUAAUUGAUUUUAUUUUAUUUGUAUAUUUAACCUAUUCUUGACUCUGUGGUUCUUGCACUUGUUUGGGGAACAGGAUUUCAUUAUUUUUAUCUACAUUUCUGCCUGAGAAAUGACACCCUGAUUUAGUUCUGUGAUCUGUGAAACAGUUCUGUUAAUCACUGAGGCAUUGUGUGUUUGUGUGUUCUUUGUCCUCAGAACUUUCAAAUAACUUGAGGUGUUUUAUGAUUAAUAGUGAUGUUGUGCUUUUGGACACUGUCCUCAGGCUCCAGCUUUAUGUUUAUAUGUUUUUAUGUUGAUGUGCUAUUGUUUUUAAUUGUUUUUAUUUUAUUUGUAUAUUUAACCUAUUCUUGACUCUGUGGUUCUUGCACUUGUUUGGGGAACAGGAUUUCAUUAUUUUUAUCUACAUUUCUGCCUGAGAAAUGACACCCUGAUAUAGUUCUGUGAUCUGUGAAACAGUUCUGUUAAUCACUGAGGCAUUGUGUGUUUGUGUGUUCUUUUUCUUUAGAAUUUUCAAAUAAACUUGACGUGUUUUAUGAUUAAUAGUGAUGUUGUGCUUGUACUAUUUUGGACACACUGUCCUCAGGCUCCAGCUUUAUGUUGUAUGUUGAUCGUAUUAAAACAAAGAAAACAAUCUGAAGUUGUUGUUUUUAAGUUAUAUAUACCAUGAUUUUUCCGGUCCGGCCCACUUGGGAAUAGAUUUUCCUCCAUGUGGCCCCUGAGCUAAAAUGAGUUUGACACCCCUGGUCUACAACAUCACUAUGUCAUCAGAGGGUUGAUUACCUAGACGCUAGCAAGCCAGCGAGACAAGUUAAAAUAUCAAAAAUAGAGCUAGAUAAAGCCAGAAGAAUAAUAUACUUGUUGAACAUAGCCAUCAGUCUUGCGUGUUUUCAUGGUAAUCACUCACUCACUGUUAAGUUUGUCAAUGUCCCGACAUCAGUGUUAGCUAUCCUGCUACCGAUGCACGUGCAGCACUCUAACUGGCUCUCUAGCCUUUCCCUAAUUUGUGUGUGUGUGUGUUUGUCUGUAUUAGGCUUGGACUCUGAUGAGUCGUAUGAAGGCAUGUCAGAGGCCAGUUUUAAAGAUGCCGUGGUGUACGACGGCACCCAGAGGAACAAUGGUUCCUUGCCACAGGGGAAUGGAAUCAGGAAGCACAGGUACGCUAAGAUUCCUGCUGUGUCCUCCACUCCGGGUCCUCUCUUUUUCUCUCCGUCCAUUUCUUUCGCUUGUCGGUCUCUCUCGCACUCUCUUUCUCACACUAUCGUAAUCUGUCUCUUUCUGACUGCUCUUUCUCUCUGUUGUUCGCUCUCUCUCUCUUUCCCUCUACUGCCCCCCAUCCCUUUCUCCCACAUUCUUAAUAGCUUUAACCCCGCAAGAAUACUGGCCAGUCCACAUGCUCCAUUUAUCUCUUACCCAGUCUGUCAGUCAGUAUAUGAUAACACCGAACAGGUCAGCCUCUACAAUCACAUACUGUAGUAGUGAUAGUCAUCAUAGUGAUACUCACCUUCUCUGAUUCUCUACAAGACACUAAUAUGUUGUCUCUGUGUGUUUUGUCUUUCUGUCUUAUCCUUACAUCUUUCAGGACAACGCUACCCACCCCAAUGUUCUCCAGAAACAACUUCAGUGUGUGGGGCAUUCUGAAGAAAUGCAUUGGACUGGUAAGGGCUACGGACCAUAUCUAAAGAAUCACUUCAUGAUCACAAAUCUAUUUUUAGACCAUGACAUUCUCUGUCUCUACGCUAAAGAGUUUGAAUUCAUCCCACUUGUGUGAAGGUAUUUUACAUUCUAAUCUUGCUUCUUUUCUGUGCGUGUGUGUGCGCGCACAUGUGUAGGAGCUGUCCAAGAUCACCAUGCCCAUUGUGUUCAAUGAGCCCCUGAGCUUCCUCCAGCGGAUCACUGAGUACAUGGAGCACACAUACCUCAUCAACAAAGCCUGCUCGCUGUCCGACUCCAUAGAGCGCAUGCAGGUGAGAGCACACAUACACACCGUAACAACAAAAGUCGCUUCCGAUAACCCAGUUGGAUGACUAAACAGUAACUGUGUGUGUGAGAGCCAGUGAAUCCUGUGGCUGACUCCUCCCCUCCUGUCUUCCCAGGCGGUAGCUGCUUUUGCUGUGUCGGCCGUAGCAUCACAGUGGGACAGAACUGGAAAGCCCUUCAACCCUCUGCUAGGAGAGACCUACGAGCUGACACGGUGAGGGGACAGGACUGCAACACUCCCAUACAAAGUUGCAUAGAGAGGUGUUGUAAAAAACUGUCUAGCUCUGGACUGUUCCUCCAUGUCUCUGACUAGACUGCACACUGUAUUGGCCUUUAAGCCUUUAAUAGGACAUCUUUACCUGCUUCCACCCAUGAAUUUAACAAUAACACUGUUAUGUUCCUCUGUUGACCUUAUUUUCAAUAUGCUAUGAUAACAAUCUGUGUCUCUUUUUUCCUCCUUCUGUCCUGCCUCUAAUCUCUCCCCCCCCCCCCCCCCCCCCCAUCUCUCUUUUCUCUCUUUUCUCUCUCUCUCUUUUCUCUCUCCCCCAGAGAGGACCAGGGCUACAGGCUGAUCUCGGAGCAGGUCAGCCACCACCCCCCCGUCAGUGCCUUCCACGCUGAGAGCCUAGUCGGGGACUUCGUCUUCCACGGCUCCAUCUACCCCAAACUCAAGUUCUGGGGCAAGAGUGUGGAGGCCGAGCCCAAGGGAACCAUCACACUAGAACUCCUCAAGUGAGUCAAAUCAAUCCAAUCAAAUGUUAUUUGUCACAUGCACCGAAUACAACAGGUGUAGACUUUACCGUGAAAUGCUUAUUUACGUGCCCUUUCUCAACAAUGCAGAGUUAAAAAGUACAAUUUUUUCCCCUUCUCACAAAUAAGAAAAUCAAAUAAAAAUAAUAAGGAUACAGUACCAGUCAAAAGUUUUAGAACACCUACUCAUUCCAGGAUCUUUCUUUAUUUUUACUAUUUUCUACAUUGUAGAAUAAUAGCGAAGACAUCAAAACUAUGAAAUAAUACAUGUAGUAACCAAAAGUGUUAAACAAAUCUUUGCCUUGAUGACAGCUUUGCACACUCUUGGCAUUCUCUCAACCAGCUUCAUGAGGUAGUCACCUGGAUUGCAUUUAAAUUAACAGGUAGCAAAGGGUGGCUACUUUGAAGAAUCUAAAAUCUAUAAUAUAUUUUGAUUUGUUUAACACUUUUUUUGGUUAAUACAUGAUUCCAUAUGUGUUAUUCCAUAGAUUUGAUGUCUUCACUAUUAUUCUACAAUGUAGAAAAUAGUAAAAAUAAAGAAAAAUCCUGGAAUGAGUAGGUGUGUCCAAACUUUUGACUGGUACUGUAUAUACAAGGACUACCGGUACCGAGUGAAUGUGCAGGGGUACGAGGUAGUUGAGGUAAUAUGUACAUGUACCUGUAGGUAUGGGUAAAAGUGACUAGGCAAUCAGGAUAGAUAAUAAACCGAGUAGGAACAGCGUAAGUGAAGUGUGAACGUGUCUGUGUGUGUGUGUGGCGUCAAUAUGCAUGUGUCUGUUUUGUUUGUGUGUGUGUGUGUGUGUGUGUGUGUUGGAGUGUCAGUGUAGUAUGUGUGGGUAGAGUCCAGUGAGUGUGCAUAGAGCCAAUGCAAAUAGUCCGGAUAGCCAUUUGAUUAACUGUUCAGCAAACGUGUGUGUGAGAAUCCAUUGUGUCUAUGUUUACUCCCCUUCUCCUCCCCAGGCACGGUGAGGUCUAUACAUGGACCAACCCUUUCUGCUGUGUACACAAUGUCAUCCUGGGUAAACUGUGGAUUGAGCAGUAUGGCACUGUGGAGAUCCUCAACCACAGGUGAAUAUAGGAAUGGCUAUUUUGUUUACCUUAAUUUACCUUCAAUACUUUGUUUGGAAGCAUACAAAUGUGUAUACAGUGUAUUCGGCAAGUAUUCAGACCCCUUUAAUUUUUUUCACAUUUUGUUACGUUACAGCCUUAUUCUAAAAUGGAUUCAAUAGUUUUUUCCCCUCAUCACUCUACACACAAUACCCCAUAAUGACAAAGCGAAAACAGGUUUUUAGAAAUGUUUGCAAAUGUAUUAACAAUAAAAAGAGACAUACCUUAUUUACAUAAGUAUUCAGACCCUUUGCUAUGAGACUCGAAAUUGAGCUUAGGUGCGUCCUGUUUCCAUUUAUCAUCUUUGAGAUGUUUCUACAACUUGAUUGGAGUCCACCUGUGGUAAAUUCAAUUGAUUGGACAUGAUUUGGAAAGGCACACGUCAGUCAAUAUAAGGUCCCACAGUUGACAGUGCUUGUCAGAGCAAAAACCAAGCCAUGAGGUCGAAGGAAUUGUCCAUAGAGCUCCGAGACAGGAUUGUGUCGAGGCACAGAUCUGGGGAAGGGUAACAAAACAUUUCUGCAGCAUUGAAGGUCCCGAAGAACACAGUUGCCUCCAUCAUUCUUAAAUGGAAGAAGUUUGGAACCACAAAGACUCUUCCUAGAGCUGGCCGUCCGGCCAAACUGAGCAAUCGGGGGAGAAGGGCCUUGAUCAGGGAGGUGACCAAGAACCCGAUGGUCACUCUGACAGAGCUCCAGAGUUCCUCUGUGGAGAUGGGAGAACCUUCCAGAAGGACAACCGUCUCUGCAGCACUCCACCAAUCAGGCCUUUAUGGUCGAGUGGCCAAGACGGAAGCCACUCCUCAGUAAAAGGCACAUGACCAGCCCGCUUGGAGUUUGCCAAAAGGCACCUAAAGACUCUCAGACCAUGAGAAACAAGAUUCUCUGGUCUGAUUAAACCAAGAUUGAACUCUUUGGCCUGAAUGCCAAGCGUCACAUCUGGAGGAAACCUGGCACCAUCCCUACGGUGAAGCAUGGUGGUGGCAGCAUCAUCCUGUGGGGAUGUUUUUCAGCAGCAGGGACUGGGAGACUAGUCAGGAUCGGGGGAAAGAUGAACGGAGCAAAGUACAGAGAGAUCCUUGAUGAAAACCUGCUCCAGAGCGCUCAGGACCUCAGACUGCAGCAAAGGUUCACCUUCCAACAGGACAACGACCCUAAGUACACAGCCAAUUAGGGGUGUAACGAUUCGUUUUAACAACGAUUCGAUUUGUAUCACGAUUCGUGGUUGUCGAUACGAUUCAAGGACGAUAUUGGUUCAUUUAGAACGAUACGAUCCGAAACGAUUCAGUGACUUGAAAUCGAUUCAGUAACCUUUUAGCCAAAAAUUCUACCAGUGUGACUGAAAUAAAUACCUGGAUACUGGACAGUGCAGGUGAAGUUUCCUAGAUUCCUGUUUCUUGUAAGGACCGCAAUGGUGGCUUGAUAAUUUCUCGCUCGUCGGCUUCUCCUCUGUCGUCCGCCAUGCUAUGUUUUGUUGUCGUUGCGCCUUUGCGCUGCUGCUGGCGCGGGGCGAUGACGUCACGGAUAGGCAGACUGAAUCGAGUAAUGUUUAAAGCCUUUAUCAUUAAAAGUGCUAAGAAAAAACAUCCAUAUAAAGUCUGACGUGCUUAAAUCCAAUGGGUUAUUUCCUAGUCCAAUACAACGCAGGAGUGGCUUCGGGACUAGUCUCUGAAUGUCCUUGAGUGGCCCAGCCAGAGCCCGGACUUGAACCCAAUCGAACAUCUCUGGAGAGACCUUUAAAAUAGCUGUGCUGCAACGCUCCCCAUCCAACCUGACAGAGCUUGAGAGUAUCUGCAGAGAGGAAUGGGAGAAACUCCCCAAAUACAGGUGUGCCAAGCUUAUAGCGUCAUACCCAAGAAGACUCGAGGCUGUAAUCACUGCCAAAGGUGCUUCAACAAAGUACUGAGUAAAAGUUCUGAAUACUUAUGUAAAUGUUACAUUUUCAGUUUUGUGUUUUUCAUAAAUUUGCAACAAUUUCCAAAAAAAUGUUUUUGCUUCGUCAUUAUAGGGUAUUGUGUGUAGAUUGAUGAGGGAAAAAAACUAUUUAAUCAAUUUUAGAAUAAAGCUUUAACGUAACAAAAUGUGGAAAAAGUCAAGGGGUCUGAAUACUUUCUGAAUGCACCACUUUCAGCAGAACAGACACGGGAAAAUCCUAACUUCCACUUUAACAAAAUGUUCACUUAAUUAUGCAUUGAUGGGUUAAGUCUUGUUCACACUGGCAGUUUGAAGUGACUCAGAUCCAAUUUUUUUGUGUUUCCGAUUUGAAUAUGAUCUUUUUCCUGUAGUCUGGACAGCCAAGAAGUUCAUGGAAUCAGAUAUUCUCAAGUCAGAUUCAGAUCACAUUCACAGGUGAUUUGAAAUCAGAUACAUGGCCAUGUGACUUGGCCAUGUGACUUGUCUGAACAGUGAAAUCUGAUUUAUUUGCCCUCAAGUGUUUUUUAGACUUAUUUGGCAUAUCUUGUUACUUGCUAGCUACUCUGUUGACAGUUUGACAAGAACAUGACGUGGUAGCUAACUAGCUUGUUAAUUGUUUACAAACAAAUGAGUGAAUAUGAUAGCAAGCUGAACAGCUAGCUAGUUAGUUGACUCUUGUGGUUAGCCAAAAAGGACUCGUUUUGAAGUUGAAAGUUGGAUCGUCUUAUCCUUUGAGGCUUAAAAAAGUGUUCAUACAGUCAAACAGUCAAAGCUACUGGGAAACGUCUAUGGCAGGCAUUGUUGUCACUUUCGCUUGCUACACAAGAACUUCUGAGCAAGAGGAAGCAUGAGAACCACUGCACACACACCCCUGUCAUUACCAUGACAACUACCAUAGCCAUGUCAGCAAAUGACUACAGUCUGAGCGCACGCAAAUCCGAUUUGGUCACUUGUAACUUGCUGUUUGGACAGUUAGUAUUCCAAAACGGAUUUGAAAAACAAAACUGAUUUGAGCGUUAAGGACUGCAUUGUCAACGAAGCUUAAGUGAAAAUGUGACUUUUGUGGUAGUUAAGAUUCGCCCCUAAAGACAGUAGUUGAGCUAUAAUGGUCUGGGAAUGUAUGGUUAUUUCUUUUCUCCUCAUUCUUCUCGUCUCUGUCUGUCCUGAGCAGGACUGGAGAUAAGUGUGUGCUGAACUUCAAGUCAUGUGGCAUGUUUGGGAAGGAGCUGCACAAAGUGGAGGGCUACAUUCAGGAUAAGAGGUACAGAAUGUGGAAGUAUUGGCACUCUGAUACACCACCUAUGGCUUACUUCUCUGGUCCUGAUUUCACUGGUCCAGUUUUAAGUGUUUUGGUGACAUUUUUGGUGACACACUGCAAUAACUUUUUACAAUGGAAAGCAUAAUCUGUGUUUUUAUUGGACGGAGUUUAACCUUUUAUUGCAGUGGGCUAAAUCAGGGUCACACAGAGUGUGACACACAAUGAUAACACGCCGUAAUUCUCUGUCGGUGCUGCAGUAUUUGGCUGCUGAUGUCUCCACCCCUCUCUGUCCCUGGCAGUAAAAAGAAGCAUUGUGUGAUCUAUGGGAAGUGGACUGAGUGCAUGUGGAGCGUGGACCCCCAGACAUACGAGGCCAACAAGAAGGCUGAGAAGAAGGGAGAGACUAAGAAGAAGAGUCAGGUAAGUGAGUCUCACAACAUGGAUGUCCUUUUGAAGAGUAACGUUAUUUUUAAAGUAGAUUGGGCCUUGUACAGUCGUGGUCGAAGGUUUUGAGAAUGACACACAUACUAAUUUUCACAAAGUCUACUGCCUCAGUUUUGAUGAUGGCAAUUUGCAUAUACUCCAGAAUGUCAUGAAGAGGGAUCAGAUGAAUUGCAAUUAAUUGCAAAGUCCCUCUUUGCCAUGAAAAUGAACUUAAUCCCAAAAAAACAAUUUCCACUGCAUUUCAGCCCUGCCACAAAAGAACCAGCUGCCAUCAUGUCAGUGAUUCUCUCGUUAACACAGGUGAGAGUGUUGACGAGGACAAGGCUGGAGAUCACUCUAUCAUGCUGAUUGAGUUAGAAUAACAGACUGGAAGCUUUAAAAGGAGGGUGGUGCUUGAAAUCAUUGUUCUUCCUCUGUUAACCAUGGUUACCUGCAAGGAAACACGUGCCGUCAUCAUUGCUUUGCACAAAAAGGGCUUCACAGGCAAGGAUAUUGCUGCUAGUAAGAUUGCACCUAAAUCAACCAUUUAUCGGAUCAUCAAGAACUUCAAGGAGAGAGGUUCAAUUGUUGUGAAGAAGGCGUCAGGGCACCCAAGAAAGUCCAGCAAGCACCAGGACCGUCUCCUAAAGUUGAUUCAGCUGCGGGGCACCACCAAUGCAGAGCUUGCUCAGGAAUGGCAGCAGGCAGGUGUGAGUGUAUUUGCACGCACAGUGAGGCGAAUACUUUUGGAGGAUGGCCUGGUGUCAAGAAGGGCAGCAAAGAAGCCACUUCUCUCCAGGAAAAACAUCAGGGACAGACUGAUAUUGUGCAAAAGGUACAGGGAUUGGAUUGCUGAGGACUGGGGUAAAGUCAUUUUCUCUGAUGAAUCCCCUUUCCGAUUGUUUGGGGCAUCCGGAAAACACCUUGUCCGGAGAAGACAAGGUGAGCGCUACCAUCAGUCCUGUGUCAUGCCAACAGUAAAGCAUUCUGAGACCAUUCAUGUGUGGGGUUGCUUCUCAGCCAAGCGAGUGGGCUCACUCACAAUUUUGCCUCAGAGAGCAACUUCUCCCAACCAUCCAAGAACAGUUUGGUGACGACCAAUGCCUUUUCCAGCAUGAUGGAGCACCUUGCCAUAAGGCAAAAGUGAUAACGAAGUGGCUCGGGGAACAAAAUAUCAAAACUUUGGGUCCAUGGCCAGGAAACUCCCCAGACCUUAAUCCCAUUGAGAACUUGUGGUCGAUCCUCAAGAGGCGGGUGGACAAACAAAAACCCACAAAUUCUGACAAACUCCAAGCAUUGAUUAUGCAAGAAUGGGCUGCCAUCAGUCAGGAUGUGGCCCAGAAGUUAAUUGACAGCAUGCCAGGGCGGAUUGCAGAUGUCUUGAAAAAGAAGGGUCAACACUGCAAAUAUUGACUCUUUGCAUAAACUUAAUGUAAUUGUCAAUAAAAGCCUUUGACACUUAUGGAAUGCUUGUAAUUAUACUUCAGUAUACUAUAGUAACUUUGUGAAGACCAAUACUUGUCAUUCUCAAAACUUUUGACCACGACUGUAGUGUACAUAUUGUGUGUGUUUUUAAUGUUUGUUGACUCAUUGUAAUACAACAUUGACUUCUCUUGAUAACUGUCCUCUGAUUUUGAUUUCCUGAUGAUUCUGGCAGCAUGCCAUCACAUAAUGUCAAGGUAAAAACGAGACAAGUAGUCUCGGUCUCUGUAGUAGUCUGUAGCUUGUAUGUUAUUACUAUGUGUAGUGAACCUGUGAGAACAUUAUAGUGUACGUUCAUUUCAUAGUACAGUAUUCUCUAUGUAGUAGAUAUGGUAUAUUCAUGGUACAUGAAGUAGACUAAUCCCUUGCUGAAGUCAUUUCUGAUGUUAUUGCUUUAUUCAGAAGGAAAAUACACAUAUUUUAUUAGAUUUUGUAAGCAGUGCUAUUUUUGUGUGUGUGUGCAGGAGGAGCCUGAGGGGGCAGACAACGAUGAUGCAGAUGACAUGCCUGAGGUCCAGGAGACAGUAGCUAUGAUCCCUGGCAGCACCCUGCUGUGGAGGAUAUCAUCACGACCCCAACACUCUGCUAAGGUAACACACAAACACAGCUUAGCGUAUACCCAACAGCAUACACACAUACACUCAUACAUUUUGGCAUUCAUUCUGUAUAAUAUUGUUUUUACAGAUGUAUAACUUCACUAACUUUGCCAUGUCGCUGAAUGAGUUGGAGCCUGGCAUGCAAGACCGCCUGGCCCCCACAGACUGCCGCCUGCGGCCCGACAUCAGAGCCAUGGAGAACGGAGACAUGGGUAAUGAAGUUUUAUCUAUUACAUCCCCACAGCCUACAUGAUGCUGCCCUCUACCGUUCCUUUGGGGUGAUGCAUUCACAUUUCCUUUUUGUGUUCAGGUUCCAUUGUUGUUUUUUUGAGGGGGGUUAAGUAUGUCAGUGCUUGCCACAUAUCCACACAGCCAAAUUAUUAGAGGCUGGUUUAUUGAAACUAGUGUUAGGGUUGUGUAUCAGCUUCUAACUACAGAAGAAUACAGUGGUCAGGAGGACCAUGAAUAUGCCCCAAUACCCAAUAGGUCAUAUAAGAUCCACUGUUCUUGUAUGUGCAGAUGAAGCAAGUCGAGAGAAAGAGAGGCUGGAGGAGAAACAGAGGUCGGCACGGAAAGACCGUUCCAAGGACAAGGAGGAAUGGUCCACUAGGUGACAACUGAGCGUCCUCGCAUUUGAAGAUUUUUAAAAUUUUUGUAAAGUACUUGCAGAACAAAAAGGUCUACGGUGGUAUAUCUUUGAAAGUAAAACAUAAUAACCAUAAUCGUGUCUUAUCGUGUCUUCCAGAUGGUUCCAGUCAGGCACAAACCCCUACACGUCAUCCCAGGACUGGCUCUACACAGGGGGCUACUUCGAUAGGAAUUACUCUGACCUCCCUGUUAUCUACUGAUCCAGGUGUGCUCCAUGGGAACACCCCCCAACAUCCACUCAGCCUCCCUUACACUCCUGCCAGUCCGCUGACACUCCUGUCCUAAGCACCACACAGUCUCCCAUUGGAACUCUGAAGUGGCGAUAGCCUCUCCUUGUAUAACACAGGCAUCUAUGUGUUGUUAGCACAACCCUCCCCCGUCUUCUAACAGUUAUGGAACAAACAGUUAAGGUGAAAUCAGGGAUGUGAUGCUCCUUUGAUCAUUGGUUUGGAGAUUCUUUGGGACAUGUUGGAGGCAUCAAAGGUGAAAGCAGAAAGGAACAGAAACGGAGUCUGGAGGAGACUGUGUUUUGUUCCUGAACAGGAGUGCUUUGUGGGUACCCCUCCCCUUACUCCCUAUCAGACCUGGGUCGAAUACCUAUUUGAA